AUGAGUUUCAAAAAUAAAAUUUUAUUAAUUAUUGCUUUUGCAUCUGUUGACGCACUUGGCACACUUACUGAAUCUUCUCUUUUUGGGAUUGCUGAAUUAUUUCAAACUGGUUCAUUUACUCAAGCUACUCAAGUUGGUAGUGGUAUGGUCGGAGUUUUAAAUGUUAGUGCAAAUACAAUUAUUCGUUUAAUUGUUGUACUUAUUCAUAGUAAUAUUGAUAAUGAUCAAUUAUCAUUUUAUAUAUUUAUGAGUGUAUUAAUAUUGUUAUGUUUUAUAGCGGUUUAUGUGUAUUAUCGUUUAAUACAUAUUCCUCCAGUUAAUAUAAGAAUCAAUCAACAAAUGGCUUUAUUUCAACAAGAAAAACGUCGAGAUAUUGUCGAAUUACAUUCUCUUGAAAAUGAACUUUCAUUUUGGAAAUUAAUUAUAAUUUUAAAAACUCAUUUAUUUGUUCAAUUUUAUGUUUUAUUUAUAACUUUAUUAUUGUGGCCAGGUAUUCCAUGUAGUGCAUCAACAAAUGGUUGGUUUAAUUCUAGUGGAAAACUUUGGUGGUGUUCACCUUUUGUUAUUGGAACAUUUAAUCUUGAAGAUUUAAUUGGUCGUACACUUGCUAUUAAAGUUCAUCAAUAUUUUUCAGAAAAAAUUUGUUUACUCUGUGCAUUAUUAAGAAGUUUAUUUAUUAUAAUAAUAUUUUAUCGUCAUACUAUAGAUAACAUAUUACUUCUUUGUUUAAUAAUAAUAAUGGGAAUAACAAAUGGUCUUCUUGCAACAGUUACUUUUAUGGUUCGACCUAAUUCAAUUGUUGGAAUGAAUAAUUGUGAAAGAGCUGCUUAUUUAAUGACUGCAGCUUUAUAUUUUGGAAUUGCAAGUGGAUCUAUUGUAGCAGCAAUUUUAUCAAUAACUCAUCUUAUUUAA